AAAUGAAUUACUGCAGUAUUAUAAGUACAUUUUAUCAGAAUUCGGUUUGGUUUUAUGCUCAUUUGUCUCCUUAUGAAUACAUUUUAUUUUCACUGCACACAAAGCAACACCGUUUAAAGCGCAGUAACAUUCUUUGUGCUCCGUAUAAAGAAUGUCUCUUUUUUCAAAAUUUUCGGGCACCGUCGCAUACUUGUCCUUCCCGAGAGGAAAAAAACAUCUUGAUUAUAUUUCUGUCUGCGUUUCUCUGUGCCUUGUUCCGCGCUCCGGAGCUGCAGUGAUGUCAGCCGCCUGGGUCAUUUGAAGGUCACCAGCCUCAGAAGGGUUCAUACAAAGUUCACUCGCAUAUAUUAGGCAAUUCAAUUUUUCACUCUCUGUGGCAAAACUAGUUGGAAAUGAGCUGCAUGGGAAGGGACCGAUAUCCCAUUCGUCAUCUGAAACCGACCCACAACAUGUGCUUUUAAACGCGACUCGUGUUUUCGAUAGCGCGCUUCGAAAGAAAGCCAGUCCGGGUCGCUCGCUGCUCUGCCUGCUGUCAACAACCGGGACGAGACGGCAAUGGAAUGGAAUAGUUGUUGGCUGCGCGCGGCGGACGAACCGUACUAACAACAAAAAAAUGGCAGAUGACCAGCCAGAAGAAGCCGCGGAGCGCUGGGAACAUUCAUGAUUCCUGUGUGGGACGAAGAGGAGCGAAUUGUGCCGUGUCGAGAAGAAGAAACAAAAGCAGAGAAGGAGGAGGAGGAGGAGGAGGAGGGGAAGGAGGAGGUGGGGGAGCGACGGAGUUUAAUGGAGUUAUGCGCACUUAUGUCGGCGAUUUUUAUCCAUAACGCACACGAAUAGUUUGACGAAGCGCCGUCAUCAUGUUUGACUGCAUGGACGUGCUGGCCGUGAGUCCCGGGCAGAUGCUGGAUUUCUACACGUCCAGCCCGUCGUCCUGCAUGCUGCAGGAAAAGGCUCUGAAAGCCUGCAUCAGCGGACUGGCGCGCAGAGAGUGGCAGCACCGGCGGAGCGCACACUCAAUUGAAACACAGAGCACCAGUUCUGAGGAGCUUGUCCCAAGCCCACCAUCCCCUCCACCUCCUCCCCGAGUCUACAAGCCCUGCUUCGUCUGCCAGGACAAGUCUUCUGGAUACCACUAUGGUGUCAGCGCUUGUGAGGGCUGCAAGGGUUUCUUCCGCCGAAGCAUCCAGAAGAACAUGGUGUACACAUGUCACCGGGACAAAAACUGCAUUAUCAACAAGGUGACAAGGAACCGAUGUCAGUACUGUCGCUUGCAGAAGUGCUUCACUGUGGGAAUGUCCAAAGAGUCUGUUCGAAAUGACCGAAAUAAGAAGAAGAAGGAGAGCCCAAAGCUGGAGCUGGCGGAGAGCUAUGAGCUGACAGCUGAGCUGGAGACCAUAAUCGAAAAGAUCCGUAAGGCCCAUCAAGAAACCUUCCCUUCACUCUGCCAACUUGGCAAAUACACCACGAACUCGAGUGCAGACCACCGUGUGAGGCUGGACCUGGGCCUGUGGGACAAGUUCAGUGAGCUGGCCACUAAGUGCAUUAUCAAGAUCGUGGAGUUUGCCAAACGAGUGCCUGGCUUCACGGGGCUGACCAUCGCAGAUCAGAUCACACUCCUGAAAGCUGCCUGCCUGGAUAUUUUAAUUCUGCGGAUCUGUACGCGGUACACCCCCGACCAGGACACCAUGACCUUUUCCGACGGGCUGACUCUCAACCGAACGCAGAUGCACAACGCUGGCUUCGGCCCACUCACCGACUUGGUGUUCACUUUUGCCAACCAGCUGUUGCCCAUUGAGAUGGACGACACAGAGACAGGCCUACUCAGUGCCAUCUGUCUUAUCUCGGGAGACCGACAGGACCUAGAGGAGCCGUCUAAAGUGGAUCAGCUCCAGGAGCCGCUGCUGGAGGCGCUGAAGAUCUAUGUGAGGAAGCGUCGGCCCAGCAAACCACACAUGUUCCCUAAAACCCUAAUGAAGAUCACUGAUCUGCGUAGCAUCAGUGCUAAAGGAGCGGAGCGGGUCAUUUCCCUGAAGAUGGAGAUCCCAGGCUCUAUGCCUCCCCUCAUUCAGGAGAUGCUGGAAAACUCAGAGGGUCAAGACAGCGGCGGCAACAGCGGCAGCGGCGGCACUUCAGCCGAGGCGAAGCCGGAGGCGGAGACGAAGGAGGAGGCUGAGGCAGAAGCAGAGGCCAGCCCUUGCAGCAAGGCCAGUCCCGACCAAGAUGGCGCAGCUCUGGAUUCCCCGCGGCCCUCAAACAAGGAGGCAACUGCAGCCACACCACCCAGCGACACGCGCUGAGCGGCGCCGGUCAGUGAGCUCAAAGAGCCUCUGAAACACGACAACACAUGACACUUUGCACAAAAAACGAGCAGCCGGACGAGGCGCUAAGCCCCUAUACCGCCACCACAGUGACGCCUGGCAACAUGUCUCUCUUUGUCUCACAUUCCCCCUAAAAUCCCCUUCUUAAAAAGAAACCGUCCACACGGAGGCCUCAAAGGAUGAUUGCUCUGUGUAUGAUUGUGAAUGGGACGGGGUCAGGGAGGCAAGGCCUCACAGGCCAGCUCAGGUCUCCUGUGUAACUUCUUAUAUGCAUGUGGGGAAGUGGUUUUGUUUCUCUCUCUCCCUCUCUUUUGCUGUCUUCAUCUCCUCCCAUCACCCAUUUUUUUGACAUGUACAUUGUACAUACCAUUGUAUAGUUAGAUCGCUGUUUCUAUGAUGAAUUUUGUGGUGCUUUUUUCCAUUGUCUUAAAAACGUUCUUUGAGGCGAUACACGAAGGUUUAAAUUUGGACUAAUUGUAAGUCCUUCAAAUGCUUAAACAGAAUGUUAUUGCAUACAAACAUUAUGAGAGUCUAAUACUUUGUAUUUGUUCAUAUAUUUAAAACAAAUGUUGUCUUUUCAAACAUUUAUUGGUUCAUAUCUCUACAUGAAUGCGCGCACAUCCACACCGCCAGAAUGCAAAGUUACUCUCCAUAUCGACAGCUGAGUCUGUUCAACCGGUUCCUCAAGGGGGGGGGGGACACAACAGCAGAAGCCUUUGAUACACACUCAUCAGACUGACAGUGAAGCGUUAUGUGCCCUGUGUGAAUCAGUUUACCUCAUAGUCAGAACAUAACGGGCAAAUGAGCUCGGUAACGCAGAGAUAGUCUGUGAUCACCUUGGACUUGCUGGACCGUUUGUCACUUUUCUCCCAGCUUCAUCGUCCGUUCCUCUGGGAAAGGGGUUACUCACCAGCAAAGUUUGCUUGUCCAGUUGAAAAGGACCAAACAAAUUACUCAUUGCCAGGGAAACUAAUUUCUCUGGCAAUUGACACAACAGCAGUAUAAGUGGGAUGAAUCUAGCCCUGUUCUGUAUUUCUCACAAGCGGGCUGCUCUGGUGCCAGGAAGCAGACAACAAUCGGCUCUUGUGCUCGGCUUCAAGAGGAGUUUAUCUAUCUCUCAGGAGGCCAAGAGCAAAGGGACAAUGGCAGCUGCUUGAACAAAUCAGUAACACAAGUAGAAGAAGCUCAUCAAGUCGUUUCAGUUGAGUAUGGAUGGACUAAUCUGCAUGUUAUAGUCAGAUGGAGCGUGUGACAGAACACUAGCUGUGCAUUCUAUGGGCUCUAGAAGUCUGCAGCUGACACACAAUCCACUUCACAGUUGGGUUUGAAGAGCUCCAGUUAAAAUGAGGGCUCUUCUCAUCCAAUCACUCAUCGGUCUGACUGCAGAUAUUCCUUAAUCCACUGAGCCUAUGCAGUUACUAUGCUGGUUAGAGGAUGUUAUAAUUACUAAUCCUAACCAGGAAUCAUGAUGAAAAACUGCAGAGUAAGAGUUUUCCUUCAGUCUUUUUUGGUGCCUUGUGCCCAGAAAUGAUUUCUUACCUGCUGUGCUUCAGCCUCCACUGUGAUCACAGCCUAUAUAAGCUUAGACAACAUUAGCCUGAAUGUCAGCCUAAUUGGUGUGUAUCUCUGUUAUGGCCUUAUGAGCAGAUCUCCUCAACCUGCUUUCCUCUACCUUUUCAGAAGUGUCUUGUUUAAACCAGUCACACGGGGGCAAUGCAAUCCUUAACACACAUCAAUGAUUGAACCAUGUGGGUCAGGAAGAUUGUACACUAACGUUGAAAGCACACAGUGAAGUGGGGACCCGUGAAUUUGCUCCACAUGUCCGCCUUGCUCUUCAGACUUGAGAUAGACCACAUUUAAUGAUGCAAUGGGAGAUUCCAGAUGACCCCUCACUGCCCUGUGAAGUGCAGCUUAGCAAAGUUUCAUUUUUGACAGUAGAUCUGACUGAGCUCUUAAUCUUGUUGGAAGGGAAGUGGACAUGAUGAGUCCUGCUGAAAUUAAAACAUGAUAUUAUAAAGCUGCUUUUCCUGCUGAGACCAUUGAACAACAGGACAUAAACUCUAUUAUAUCCUCUUACAGUAUAUUAUGUAACAUCCACAGCCGAAACUACAGUACGUACAAACAGUUAAUACACAGUACAAAAUACAGAGCACAAAGCUUAGUAGAUAUACAAUGUUCUGGCAGCACACUGAUUGCAAAUGUGCUCUGCGUAUAUGCAACAAAGCUUAGCUCAUGCAGUUCAAACCAUUUCAUACACUUAUAUUCAGUAGGGUAAUGCAAUAAUACAAUAUGACACAAUACUCAGCUGCAAGUCUAAUAUGUUUAACCGGUUGCCAUGGUAUUAGGUUUAUCAACAUUUUCAUGAACAUAACUUUGUGGCCUGAGACCGUUCAUUGGUCUUGUGCAUAAUAAUAAUGCAUGUGAUCGCCAACAAGUUAUACUGUAGCAGGCAAAAUGUAUGCACAGCAACAGUGCAUCAUCUACAUUAGGGAGUGAUUUAAAACAUAAACGAUGAAACAUUUGAUGAAUGCAAGUACUUUGACAUCUUUUUGCUUCUAAACUAAUCAUAAUCUGAAUAUUCAAUACUUUUUUGGCACAAAUAUAUUCCUAUUCAUUUUGUCCUACAUAAAUGGUAGGUUUGCUAAGCUUUAAAUUCCCUUUAGGGCAGUGAAGGGGUCUAGGUCUCAAACCCAGCAGUUUCCAUUCCUCAAAAAUACAUAUCAUAAGGGAAACCAGAGCACUAUCAGUUUUAUUUUAUUAUAUUAUUAUUAUUUUCUGUUUUACGUGUUUGAAUGUGAAUAACGUACUGGAGUCUGUCACAAGAAUGAUAUGCAGUGUUAGGGAAUACUCUGUUUUCCCUUGGUUCCCUCUGUGUCAUGCUCUCCUGGUGAGAGAUGAAGGGAGGCAUCAUUCCUGUUUUUGUUUCUCUUAUUUUUGAAGAUGUAAACUCUUCACAGCCGAAGAAUGUCCACAUCCGCCCCAAAGCGUCUCAGUGGCCCUCAGGUGCCUGGACGUGGCAGGGACUAUUCUCUGUUCCUUUAGGAAACAGCUUUACGAUGCUGAAUUACUCUUUGUUUGUUUCUGUUGAAUGUUGUACCGCUGUAACUGUACUCCUCUACUAUCUAUCUCACUGCAGAAUUGUAUACAUGGUGUCAAUUAUUUGGCAGCUUGGGGGAAGAAAAAGUGCAAAACAUUGCAAUCUGUUAUUUAUACUUGAGAAUAUGAGUUCGCAAGAGUGAAAAAAAUUGAAUGAACUGAAUCUUUGUUGGCUGAUUUGGGCCGGAACUGAAGAGAAAAUUCAACAACCAAGCCACCUCCCCACUAGAUAACAUGUUCUGUUUCAUGUCGAGCAACAGAGAUGCCCACGUCCCGUCUGCAGCCAAUCAGCUGUCAUCAAUCAAUCAAAUCCAAUCAAUGGACAGCUGUUUGGUUAUUAGGUUGACUAGGAAUUGAGCCAUAUGGGGCUUUGAAACCAGAUAGGGAUGUUUAGAUAUAAUAGCUGUAGUUAAUAUUAUGUGCCAAUUAUAAAUCCAAGAAAAAAAAGGUCAACAGUAGACAACCAUCCUCCACUUAGACAUUUUGUUCAGCAACAUAAAUUAAAUAGAUUUUUUUAAAGGCUUGAUACCUUUCCAGACAGGCAGAAACAAACUCCAAUACAGCUGCACAGCCUAAGGUAGAUAUAACAUAUUUAUGUUGUAAGAUAAAGUGGGAAAACACAUUUUAGGGAAAUGAAACAAUUAAACACAUUUACAUUUUCUGCCCAUUAUUCUGAGGUUUUUAUUCUGCUUUCAAUAUGCACUUAUUAGUUUGAAAUAUUAUUUCUUCUUUUUCUUAAUUUUAUUCAAAUACCAGAGAUUAUCCCAGAAACGUUUUAUUUAUUUCAAGCAGCUUUUAUUUUGUAACAUAAUGUUUCCAGGGUUAGCUUAAAUUGCAUAAUGGCUGAUUCAGUUCAUAAGAUUUGAUUUAAGCUGUAGUUUAAUGUAGAUGUUUUUCUCUGAGCUGUAUUAGGCAUUAAAGUCUGACCAACAUUACAUUAACACCAGAUUCAAAUAAAACAUAGCAGUGUCGUUCUAAAGCCACAUAUUAGCGUAAGCCUAGAUGAACCACCAUCAACGAGCCAGAGGUCAUGACUUUUCCUCUCUGCUCUGUUGUCCACCUGUAAGCUCCACAGUCACUAGUUCUCCAUCGAUGUCAGAGACCCUCACCACCACAUCAUACGCAGUGUUGUACAGUCCUAUUAAUAUAAAACAUGAUAGUCACGCCCUACUGGACAUGGUAACUGAAGGUGUAAGGCUCAGCUGACAGGGUGACCUCAUGCCCUGAGCACUCUAACCUGUUUCUGCUCCAUUUUAAAUAUUGUCCCUGUUUGUACAUUAACAUAUGCUUUGUAUGCUCAUAUACUGUUAACUUUACCAUGAACUGUCCUGGCAAAGUAAUAAAAUUUAUUUAUUUUA